AUGGACAAUUACAUAAAAUUAAAAGAAAAAUUAUUAUUUAAAAAGCCAGUUAGUGAUAAUGCAGAAAACAGAUAUUGGAAUAGCUUUAAUUAAGUCUUAGAAAAAUAACAUAAUUAAUCAAUAAAAGCAAUUAGUGCCUCUAAUAACAUCAAAUAAAGAAUUGCAGUUGCCAGUGGAAAUACGGUGGAAAUUUUCAGCACAAAUAAAAAUUAAAUCACAUAAACCUUGAGUAGAUUUAAAACUUAAGUGCUUUCACUUUAAUUAAGAUGCGAUUCCCAAUUAUUGGCCACUUCUCAUGAAGAUGGAUUAGUAAAUAUUAUGAACCUUAAGACAAAAACAUCUCUAAGAUAGUUCAAAAAUUUCAAGAAACCUGUGCAUUCAGUCAGCUUUAACAACACAGAUUAAAUCUAUGCAGCUGGAGAUGAUGGAACUAUAAAACUCUUUGAUAUACCAAAUGAUAUAGUAAUUAGAAGCAUACCUAAUGCUCAUAAUGAUUUUAUUAGAAGCAUAGCUGGAUAUGAAGAUCGAUAAUUAUUAUCUUCAUCUUAUGAUAAAUUUAUUAAAUUAUAUGAUUUGAGAAGUAGUAGUAACGACCCAAUUAGAUCCUACUUAACAAAUCAUCCAAUCGAAUCAAUUCUCAUAUUACCAAAUAAGUUAAAUUUUAUCUCUGCUUAAGAUUAAUUUACUACUUUAUGGGAUUUCAGAAAAGAAAAUUUAAUUUAAGAAUUGCAUACAAAUUAGAAAACUAUAACUUCUUUAACCUUAACUUAGUAUCAUGAUUAAACUAGAAUUAUUACAGGAUCUUUAGAUCAUUAGAUAAAAUUUAUAAGAACUGAUAUUUUUAAUGUUACCCAUUAAUUGAAAUGGAAAAGUCCUGUGAUGGCUUUGGAUGCUUCAUUGGAUGGAUUUAAUAUUGCUAUAGGAGGAAAUGAUGGAUAAUUACAAAUAAAUUAGUUAAAACCAUCAAAAAAUGAUGAAGAUAUUGAAGAAGAAGAGGAUUAUAUACCUGAAUAUCUUAAGUCUAAUCCACAUUUAUAAAGGAGAAUCAAAAAUUAUAAAUUUUAUAAUCGAGGCAUCUAUUCUAAAUUAUCUGAUUAUGAUUACAAAGUUCCAACAAUUCAAAAUCAAAAGUUUUCAGGCUAUGAUAAAUUGUUAGUUUCUUUUAAAUAUAAGGAAGCAAUUGUAAAGGCUUUUAAAGAAAAAAAAACAUCAAUAAUACUCAGUCUAGUGGAGGAAUUGUCUGAAAGAGGAGCUUUAGAAGUUGCACUAAAAGAUAUUGAUGAUGAGGAGCUUUAGAUGAUUUUGCAGUUUAUUUUAUAAAAGAUGUCAAAUCCUAAAUACUCUGGUUCAAUGUUACAUGUUUUAGAUAUAUUAGUUGGUAUUUUAUUGAGUUCUAUUUUAGACAUAUACAACAUUGGCGAUAUUUAUGAUUAAGUAAGAGAGGAAUUAUAAAUUUAAAGAGAAAUGACAAUUUUAAAAGGGAUGAUUUUGAUUUGA